CCUCUGACGCGGAAGGACAAAAACAAACGCGGUUCGCUUAAAAAUAAAAUAUUCUCCUGAAACUAAAAACGGAUUAAAAACACUUUGUCUGUCUUCAGACUGAAAGUAACUGCUUUAAUUAGAGAUGAAGUUCAGAGGGAAGAUUAUAGACGUGGCGUGUCUGAACCAUUUCACCCGUGUGAUCACCACCAUCUCCAAGCUGACGAAGAUGUGUGUUCUUCGUCUGACUCCACAAAACCUUUUCUUCGUCCUCUCUGGAAAAGUUGCAAAUGGCGGCGUGAGCAUGUGGUGUGAACUCUCUCAGGAGAACUUCUUCGAUGAGUUCCAGAUGGAGGGCGUCUCCCCGGAGGAUAACGAGAUCUGUCUGGAGGUGACUCCGGAGAAUCUGUCCCGCGCUCUGAAGACGGUGCAGAACGCUAAAGCUGUGAAGGUGAAGCUCACCAAGAAGCACUGUCCCUGCUUAACCAUCGCUGCUGAGCUG